AAUAUUUGUAAAUAUUAAGAAAAUUAGGUGGUACAGUUUCGAUGUCAAAAUUUUUUCACACUGUCAAAAUAGCAAAUCAGCUGGACAAAUUGUAUUAAUCAUCUAUGUGUGAAAUAAAAAUUAAUUAUUGCUAGAUGGCAAACUCUUCUGGGACCAAUGAAGAAAUCCGCGAAGGUCUUUUGUGUCCUAUAUGUCUAUGUGAUCUGAAAACAGUGCAUCAAUUGCAAGAGCACUUUGAAGUUAACCAUUCCUCUGACGAUCAUGAUGUGUUUCAAACAUUAAAAGGUUUCUUAGGAAAAGCUAAGAAAAAAAUCUUAAAGCAGGACUCUUGGACCGAAGAAUUAAGUAAAUCUCCUUUUGAAUUAGAUACCAAGUAUGUUCAACCUGUGGUGGCAGAAACUUCAUGGGCUUCACAAGAAAUCGGUCUUGUAACAAGUCAUACUCACUAUUUCAAGAAAUUAAGAGACAAAAAGAUUGAUAGAUACGUAAUUGAGACCAACACCCUUCUAAUACGAUUAGACAAACUUAUCUGUGAUAUUUCUAGUGAUCCAGAAAAGCGAAAAGAAUUUGAGAAAAGUAUAGUGCCAUGGGUUGCAGAUAGUGAUGUACCACUUUGUCCUGGAUGUGCUAAAUCAUUUGGUCUCUCUAGAAGAAGGCACCAUUGCAGACUUUGUGGUGGAGUUAUGUGCCAAUCUUGCUCUUUUUUCAUGACCUAUGAUUUUGCUAGAAAACUUAUUUUACCUGCCAUAUCUGAUGACCAGAAACUAUUGGAGAAACAAACUUCUUCACGGCGAAACAGCACCAUAAGUUUAAUGUCUGCAGUUAAUAUUGGUGGGGAGCAGCAAAUUCGAAUAUGCAAAGACUGUCAAGUUUUAUUAGUAAGGCAUGAAAAAUUGAUAGAGCAAAAGAAUCACAGGCCUAUCAUUGUCCAAAUAUAUGAGAGGUUGAAAGAGUGUAUGGAGGAAGUUGAAAAGCUUGUACCUACUUACAUGGACAUGGUUGAAUCUUUAAACUCUGGUGAAACAGACUUCCAAAUAGAAAGUGCUCAAGAGCUUAAACUAAAGAUCUCAAAAUUGGCAGAAAGAAUUGAUACUCACAGUAAAAGAAUAGCCAAACUCGAAUCUCCAGAUGAAGAAGCAAAUGCUCAAGAGCUUCAGCUUCAAAAUGGCAUAAGAUUAGCUGCAUCUCAGUUCCUGAGAAACGUUAUCUUAGGCUUACCCUCCCCACCAACCCCAGAAGAGUUUGCCCGUUACCAGAGGGAGCGCUUAGCUCAAGUACACCGCAGAAUACAACAGGAAAAAGAAGCCGAAAUGUUGCAGAGUAAAAAAGAAGGAAGCAAGAGCCCAUCUCCGGUCAAAUCUCCUAGACCACCAGUGAUGGAGCCAGUCUCCCCCGAUAGCGGUUGGUGUGUCAGUACAGAUCAGGUGAAAGAAGAUAUGGACCCUAUGGUGCAGCAGAUAAACAUUAUUAAGAAGUAUAUUGAACAAGCGAGAGUGGAUCAUAAGUAUGAUGAACUCAAAAUGCUUGAAAGCAAUUUAAAGGAAUUAGAGUUGGAACAUUCCAGACAGUUGAAAGAUCAAAAAAUGCAAUUUGAUUUCAGCUAGCUUGCAUCUGUAUGUUAUAGUUUUAAACGAGUAUUAUGAUUAUUAUAAAGUUUUAUACCCAAUCGACUGUUUUACUUUUCGAGAAUUUCAUAUUUUAUUUAUGUAGCUAUAAAAUGUAUUAUGAUUUUUUUUUAUACCUCUGACAGAUUUUUUAUAUACGUUGAUUUUCUACAUUAUUUAUUGUUUAAUUUUAUAU